GCUUUUGGCGCUGGCGAAGAUGCUGUGAUUGGAGAAUCAUCAGAUCCAUCGCCAAGGGCGUCAUCGGUUUGCUCGACACAUGACGCAAAAGUAUUUUGUAUUUGCGAAACGUGUGGAAGAGUGUCUCUUUGUGCACACUGCAUCUCGUUACAUCCUACACAUCAUAUAUCUCCGAUAGGUGACCCACGUGCUUGCAUCAGUUCGCUUUUGGCGGAGUCUCGGCGAAAUGAGCGCAGUAUUGAAGAAGCAAUUGAAAGUGUACGAGCAAUGUCUGAACGGGUUGAUGCUAGUGUGCAGGCUGCUGCGUCAGAAUUAAGAUCACUUAUGCAUUUGCAUAUGAGUGCGUUGGAGGAAAGGAAACGGGAAUUACUGCAAAGAGUUGACACGAUCAGGCAGACUAAAACAAAGAAUCUGAAAGCGCAAGCAGAAAACUUAGCUCUUGCAAAGACAAAAUUUGCCCAGACAAUCAAGUCAGUUGAAGCAGCUGCAGCUGGUGAAGACAGUACCCACCUUACUUCAGCUUUCCAAGAGUUGCUCCAGGUACAGUAA